GAGCCGCGGUGCAAAGGCCGGGGUGCGAGGCGCUGCAGCCGGUGCCCGCAGCCCUGGGCCGGGCCCGCUCGCUGGCUGCGGUCGGUCGGUCAACCUGGAGGCUGCAUCGCCCGGAGCUCGCCCUCAGCGGCUCGCUCCGCUCCGGAGAGUCCAGCAUGGACCACCUGAUCCUGUGGACGCUGCUGCUUCUGUCCCCCAUAGCCCGGGUUCAGGGCUGUCCCUCAGGCUGCCAGUGCAGCCAGCCACAAGUUGUGUUCUGUGCGGCCCGGAGGAGCCACACCGUCCCGAGUGGCCUGCCACUGGACACAACCUACCUGUACGCCUUCGAGAACGGCAUCACCUCGCUCCAUGACGACAGCUUCCGGGGCCUCCCGGCACUGCAGCAGCUGGACCUCUCCCAGAACAAGAUUUCCAGCCUCCAGAGGAAUGUCUUCCAGCCCCUCACCAACCUUGUCAACUUGGAUCUGUCAUCCAACCAGCUGCGUGAGAUCACCAACGAAACCUUCCACGGGCUGCGCCUGCUGGAGCGCCUCUACCUGGACCGGAACCGAAUCCAGCGCAUCCACCCGGCUGCCUUGGACACGCUGGAGAACCUGCUGGAGCUGAAGCUCCAGAACAAUCAGCUGCAUUCAGUUCCUCCGCUGAACCUUCCCAAGCUCCUGCUGCUGGACAUAAGCCACAACGGCAUUGCCACCAUCGAAGCUGGUGCCUUUCACACGGUGAACAUAGAGUCUCUCAAGAUCGCAGGGCUGGGACUGAGCAGCUUGGAUGAGGAGCUUUUUCAGAACUUGAACAACCUCCACGAGCUGGACAUCUCGGGCAACUCGCUGGGCAGAGUCCCGGAGGUGCUCCGGCGGCUCCGGGGCCUCACCAGGCUCAGCCUGGCUGGGAACACCCAAAUCGCUCAGCUGCAGGCGGAGAAUUUCGGGGAGCUGCCCAACCUCCAAGAGCUGGACAUCAGCAACCUCAACCUCAACACCAUCCCCCAGGACUUCUUCAGCCUCUUCCCCAGGCUCCGGGCCAUCACCGCGGCCGAGAAUCCAUUCAAUUGCCUCUGCCAGCUGAGCUGGUUUGGGCGCUGGUUACACACCAGCCAUGUCACGCUCAGGAGGUCCGAGGAGACAAGGUGCCACUUCCCUCCCAAGAACGCUGCUAAGCUCCUCCAGCACCUGGAAUAUGCAGACUUCGGCUGUCCUGCCACCCCAACCCCCACUCCCACCCUGAGAACCACCUCCCUGCAGCCGGCUGUGCUCCUCACCAGCAGCGGGCACUCUGUGCUGGAGCCCAGCCUUGCUGCUCCCACUCAUGAGUCCGCACCCCGGCAGGACAGCUCUACGCGCGCACCACACACGCCUGCGCAGGGGCCGACUAGCCCCGAGAUGCAGAUUUGCCCUCCCCGGACGUGCUUAAAUGGGGGCACCUGCCAGCUAGACGCGCACAACCACCUGGAGUGCCAGUGCCCCAACGGCUUCUCGGGCUUGUACUGCGAGGCCGAGAUCCGGAGAACAACCCUGCCCCCCAUCACCCAGGCGCCCACGCAGAGCAAGCAAAUCAGCAUUAAGCAGGUCAGCAGCACCUCACUGACGGUGGACUUAAAAAACUAUCAGCAGGCCAAAGAUCAGCUGAAGGGCAUCCGCCUGACCUACCGCAACCUGUCCGGGCCCGACAAGCGGCCGGUCACGCUCAGCCUGCCGACGUCGCUCUCCGAAUACACCGUACGCGCGCUGAGACCGAACUCCACCUACCACCUCUGCACUGGGCCACUGGGGGAGAAGCCCUCCGAAGGGGAGUUCUGCAUCGAGGCCCACACUGCUGUGCAGGGGACUCACCAGCAGCACCUGCCCGUCACCCAGAGCAAAGACAGCAACCUGACGCUCAUGAUCGUGCCAGCGCUCGCUGCUGUGCUGCUGCUGGUUAUUGCUGUGACAGCAGUCACGUACUAUCUCCGGCACCGACGGGCUAAGGCGCAUGCCGAUGCUGGGGUGGACUCCAGCCCCCUGGAGCUGGAAGGGGUGAAAACGUGUCUGGAAAACAGAGACUUAGCGACCCACAGUCAAAAGCUGCCAGAGAACGUGGCGGUGCUGAACGGCUUAGAAUGCGACGUCCCCCUGAUGCACCAACGCUACCCCAGUAACAACAACAGCCCAGCGGUCAAGCCAUCUUAUUUCUAGAGCAAAAGAGAGACCGUGAGAGAGUCUCCAUUCACAAGUCCCAGAGCCUGGAUGGACGGGAUACGGGCUGACCGUUGUUACUACCCAGGGAACGUUCCACAUGGGACAAGGGACAUUGAGGGUUAACUUAAAUUAAGACAAAACCCCACAUAAUGUGCAAUUUUCCUAGAGGCUUAUACACUUAGGAAGUAGACACUGUAAUUUAUCCGCUCAGCACAUGACUAAGUGCCUGCAUUUCCCUGGCUGCCCUGCUGUGUGUGCAGAGAGAAGGUUUUUAGCCACCGCUACACAGAAAGAUGUGUGACUUAGUUAAGAGGCCUCAGUGUGCUGGUAACAAAAGCUCCUUUAGCUAAGUGCUGCCCAGGAUAACAGACUCCUCAGUAGUUCUACCUGAAAAGCAGGAAAGGAAGGAAAAAAACCCAACACACACAGCCAGAGGUGCAGGGACUCUCGGACUUACUCUCCCAGUGCGUUGAAGGAAAAAACCACCCGGGAAUUAAAGCUUUAAGAAUUUUUAGAGAAUAUUUAUACAUGAUUAUUUCCCAUUUCUUCUGGGAAAGCUCUUUUCUAACACAGAUCUGUGUCCUUUUGUUUUGUAAAAUAGAUGAAGGAGGAUGCUUUUUGUACAAAAAUAAAAUCUUUUGUACAGCGUUA